AAAAGCACUCUUCCUGUUAAUUUCUCAGUUCGAUCUCUUAUUUUCAAUGGAGGAAUCAUCGUAUUCAAAUCUUGCUACAACUCAUUUACUCGGCUCAGUUCCCGCUGUUGUCAAUGAAGAAAAGAAGGCCUCGUAUGCAGUUCCUGGAGCGAAUAUGCAAAUUUUCCCGCCAAAUAAUGGUGGUGGAGGAGGUGGCGGCCGAGGUUAUCAAACUCUUGGAGCUCCAACUGAAGUAUUUGAACAACAACCACCAAACAACUGGAAGGGAGUGUUUAGUAUCUCGUCAUACACGCAGUAUUUUAAUGUGGAUAUAGAUGUUGUCAUAAACAGAUUGAUAAGUUCCUUUUAUCCUGUUGGUGGAGAUUUUUUCAGCAAGAUUGAUGCUAACCCUGAUCUGUAUGGGCUUAUUUGGGUCACAGCUACUUUAGUCUCUGUCCUCAGGAUUGGUUUGCAAAGCUGGCUUUCCUUAUUUCAAAGACUGAUCAGAAAGGCCAACAGUUGCAAGCUCAUAGCAAUUCAUUUCCUCGAAGCACUUGAUCAUCAGAAUCAACCAUCAAGGAAGAAAAGAAACAGAUCACGCUUUGAAACAACCAAAAAGCAAAGCGAAGUGAGCCCACCUCUCCUUGCUCUUAUUGGCGCGAUUUCUUUUCAUGAUCAAACAAAGUAUCCAACUCCGCCUCCUAUCAGUGCCCAUCUUAUUAUACCUACACCAAGAUGA